UCUGCGCCGGCUGGCGACGUGCGCUCGGAGGGCUUCCAGCAGAACUCGCGGAUUUAUUCAGUUGAUAGCAGACGUUUGUCUUGCGUGCAUGCACACCACCCACGAACUCGACUCGACUUAUCCGCGAUCUCGAACAUCGCUAACGAACGACUUUGACUGACACUCUUCGAGUGCGGCUGACAGGUGCAUUACCACCAGUGAGUGACUUGUGACGCUCUCAAUGAACCGAUUUACAAGACUUUGACUACUAAUGACACCGGGGUCCUAAUGGAACGGGCGCUCUGAAAGGAUUUGGAUGCCGUGAAGUGUCUUAUUUAGUAAUCGGGUGAGGUCUAUGGAAAGGCCUGGAGAGUACGGAGACGAUCCACCGCCAGGUCUGGAGGCCAUGUGGGGAAUGGAAGCGGCUGAAUGCGACUGUCCCGGGCCGCCCCCGGAAUUCCUCCUUCCGCCGCCCCCACGGCCGCCCAUCCUCCAGCCCUCCGACCCCAAGUACUGCACGGAAGACCCCCUGCCUAUCGAGACGUGUGAUGCGCUACCGCUGAUCGACGCAAGCUACCGCAGUAGUCCAUCUCUCCAGACAUCGGCUGUGAUAGUGCUGUGUUCCGCUCUUGGUCUGUUCGUUAUCAUCGCCAUUAUCCUCGUGUGGAAACAUAAAAGAAAAGUACAAAAUUUCCUACCUUGUAAAACUUCGCCCCAAAACAACUGUGAUGGUCCCGCUGCUCCCUCCAGCCUUUACGAGGACCUCCACGACGUCAUUCCACGACCAACCCCAACGCAUCACCACCACUCAGCCGGUGGACAUAUCGUUGCCCCUUCCAUAGAGAUGAUCGACGUAAAAAACAACAUCCACUACCCCAGCGGCUACCCCAUCUCGCAACACCCCCCCGUAUUCCUGUGUUCGUCCCCAGGCCCGGACCCCUACUGCUCCCAGGACCUCUACAACCCCGUGUACGAAGAGCUCAGCGACGCCGACAGCGAGCUGGCCCCAGCCCCCCACAGCGAGGACGAGUUCGCCGAAGACGAGCUGAGCCUCGGGGGCGACAUGGACCGCCGCCGCCUCGACAUCCCGCCGCCGCCGUACCGGCCCGAGCCGCCGCCGCCGCGCCGCGAGAACGCCCGCUUCCGCCGCCCCCACGAGCCGCUGCCGCCCAUUCCCACCAACAAGCGCCACCGAAGCCUCGACCGGCGGCGGCAGGAGUUCCACGAGGGCAUGCUGCUCGACGCCCUGCUGCAGCUGUACCCGCGCGUGGGCAGCGUGGAGCCGCCCCACCGCCGCCAGAUCCCCAGCAUCACGCAGCGGAUCCAGUGCUUGUCCCCCACGCCGGGGCCCUACGAGACAGUGCCUGUGUUGGGACACUUAGCGACUUUUCGGCCCGUGCCUAAACCCUACUCGCAGGACUCGGCCUUCGGCUCCGAUUCGGGGUACAGUAACCACACGAGUGGCACGAGGGGCUCCAGCAGGGGCCGCAGGGACCCCAGGAGGCUCUCGCAGUUGAGUGCGGACCUGGCGCUUACGUAAAGUGAUGUGCAAUGUACUUAGGACUUUGUUUUUACUGCCAAAGGAAGGGUGGUGAGCGAGGGACAAGUGAAUUUAACGGUUUUGCGGAUGUACAAAUAUAAUUAAAAAAAAAUAUUGCAAAAGUUCAGUUUUUGAAUAUUUUGGAAAAAUAUUAGAUAAUUUCAUUCAUUGACACAGGGUGUUUCAGAGUGUUUUUAAGAAACAUUAUUUUUGUUAGGUUCUACUUUUUACAUCACUCAGUGAAUAAUACAUUUUUGGUAAGAGUUAAACAUACUUUUUCAAAUAAGAGCGAUUGGUAUUGAAAAACAAUCUCAGUCAAACAAAAUAAGCUGAAAAAUUAAACUUGAAUAAUUUUUUGUUAUUUUCUACAUUGAUUAUAAUAUAAUGCAUGGGCUUUUUGUCAUUUUUAAUAUUAAAAAAAAUCACUUUUUAAAACCACCGAAAUUUCUACACUAAAAAUUUAUUACAAAAGAACAUUUUUGCCCACGUUUGUAAAAAUGAAGGUUUUUUUUUAAUAAAUGCAAAUCUUGUUGGAAAAUUUUUCACGUCUGUGAUGGUUAGUCGAGUGAACUGUGUCACAAAAUUUAACAAAGUUAUCACACUUUUUUUGUAAAAGUUAAACAUUUUUUUCAAGGAGCAAUUGUAUUGAAAAACAAGCCGAAUCGAACAACACUCUUUUUUAAUAAACCAAUAACAAAAGUUUUUUCGGUUUUUAUUAAAAUAUUUUACAAAAUCAUUUAUUUACGUAAUAAAAGACAGAAAAGAAUACUUUUGCAUAAAUUGAACCAAUUUUAUUUAAAAACUCGUAAAGGAAAUUUUCUCUCUCUUUUUCGUUGGAAAAUAAAGUUAAUGGAUUUAAAAUAUGCUGAAAAACAACUUCAGAACUUAUUUUUGUGAAGUUUUCAUUUAAUAAAUUACCUGAUUAAUUCAAUUAAAAAACGUCAAUUAUGAAAAAACUCAGAUUAGAACAUUAUUUUUCUCAAAAACUUCUUGUAAGAUUAAAAGCUAGUAAAAAAACUGACUAAGUUCUCCUUAAAAAAAUUAAUGAAACUGAAAUUAUAAGAAAAUUCAAAGCGUGUUCUUCUAGAAUUUAAACCGAUGAUUUUUCUUAUUUGUGGUAAUUUAAAUGUUCACUCUGUGUAGCUUUGAUAAAAAGUCAACGCUUAUGCUUACAACAAAAAAACACCAAUUUACAUUCGUGUUUUCACUUAUUAAAAUUUUGGAAACACCCUGUAUUCUGUCUUGAAUUUUCAAGUAUAACGUUUUUUUUUGUUAGAAUUAUAUUUGUGCACCCCUGCGUGCGCUGUCUCUCGCAUCAAAUCGCCAAACCAUCUUCGGUCUUCGAAAAAAGCGGACUUAUUCUAAUUUCUUCGUAAUAAAAUAUUUCGCAGUUACUUAACUCGACUUAUUCACAAUUUCAACAUUCCAUGUUUGAGUUAAUCGCACCCAGCAGUGUAAAUACCUUUCAAGUGUAAAUUUCGAGACUUUUCGGGGCAAACCAAAGUUUCUAGAGUUUAAAUUUUCUAUUAAAGUCUUGUAGCGUGUGUAUAGUGUACAAUUGUUUUAUUUAUUUUUGUAAAUAUUAUUUAUGUUUGAUAUUUAUUAUUAUAUCUUUCCAAACACUGAUAAUAGUGGGAUUUUAAAACAUUGAGGUAACCAAACUUUUAAACCGACUGAAACACCACCAUUUAAUGGCCUAAUGGUUACUUCGAUGUCUCAACUGUCCAAUCAAAGAGCACCACAUGCUGCUAAUCCUCUCAAAGUUUUGACAGAAACUCACUUUUGCUUCAAAUUUUAUAGCAAUAUUAGCUUUUACUAGCAGCAUAGCAUUUUUCACUUGACUUAUAAACACAGGGUCUGAUUCGAAACUGUAGCAGUUCCGAACAAGUUAGGUUUUUUUAGUCAUAGAAAUAGCACAGUAAUGGCAAUAUUUGGAUUAAACGACUUGUUUUAUAUCAAUCAGUGUUUGUACUAUGCUAGUCCAAUUGUGUAAUUUUCAAUUGAAAAUCAUUUUCUUCGCGUAUAAUAUGGUUUUUAAUUGAUCAUUAUUUUUGUUAUUGUUUUUUAACUAGUACAAUUGAUUUACCAAUAAAAAUGUUUAAUUA